GGUCUGCGACCUGCCAAGAACAAGUACUCGAUAGACACCGCCGUCUUUGAUGCCUUGGUCGACAAUGCCAGCGGCCUAUCGGUCAACGACAGCGAGCAGAAGCGCAGCAUAGCAAGCAUGCUUGCUGAUACCAAGGACAAUGAGCUUGGCUCGCUUGUCACUUUGGUCAGCGACCGACUGGCCGAGGGUCGUGGCGAGGCCAUCCUGGAGGUCAACAACGACGAGGGUCUUGCUGCCGACCUCAUCACGGUUGGCCUCAAGCGUGUGGUCCAGGAUGAGCGCGUCAGUGCUCUCUGCCAGCUGCUGUAUGACAGCCGUGCCGCUACUGAGACACCGUCCAGCAAAGCGCGUGCUGCCACCAGCCACAAGGCGCAUACGCUGUCGUUCCUGAUUCGGCACAAGCCAGCCAAUGUUGAGGAGAUGCUUGAGGUGCGCAUAGCUGUGGCGGGCAAUGUCGAUGCGGGGAAGAGCACCAUGCUAGGCGUACUGACCCAGGGCAGCCUGGAUGAUGGCCGUGGGAAGGCACGACACGAGAUAGAGAGCGGACGCACGUCGUCGUCGGGUCGGCCUAUCCGCCACACCAACAAGCACCACAAGGCCGGCUGGGACGAACUGAUCUCGUUCCUGGACUUGGCCGGCCACGAGAAGUACCUGAAGACCACAGUGUUUGGAAUGGCUGGGGGUGCGCCCGACUUUGUCAUGCUGAUGGUCGCUGCCAACGCAGGGCUGACUGGCAUGGCCAAGGAGCACUUGGGCCUGGCACUGGCCCUCAAUGUCCCAGUGUUCGUCGUCAUCACCAAGAUCGAUAUGUGCCCGCCGCUGAUCCUCGACUCGACCUUGCGCCAGCUCACAAAGGUGCUGCGCAUGCGAGACCAUGCGUCGUUUGUCAACCAGCGCAUCUGCCCGAUCUUCCAGAUCAGUAACGUCACCGGCGAGGGCGUCGACUGUCUGUCCACCUUCCUCAACGCAAUCGGGCCCAACGACGAGUUCCGCUUUGAAAUCAACGAGACCUUCUCCGUCCCCUUCGUCGGCACUGUGGUGGCUGGCGUGGUCAGCUCCGGCAAGGUCUCUACCGGAGACUCUGUCUGGCUCGGCCCAGACAGCCUCGGCCACUUUCGCAAGCGCGCCAAUAGCGCCUCGUUCGGGUUCAAGAAGAUCAAGCGCUCGCAGGUGCGCAAGGGGAUGGAGCCCUCUGCAUCGUGCACAUUCGAGGCAGAGGUGGUGGCCAUGCUGCACUGCGGGUCUGUGCGUCAGACUGCACGCGACAACGACACCGGCACACUGCGCACCGGCGAUCGCGCCACAUUCCCCGAGUACCUGGUGCCCGGUGCCCGGUUGAUCUUCCGCGAGGGCCGCACCAAGGGCGUGGGCAAGGCUGAGGAGCAGGCGGUGAUCCAUCGCAUCACCAAUGGGACCAUGGCCAAGUCCGAGGCUAUCCGCCACGGCAAACCCCUCGAGCACAAGGUUGCCGCCAAAGGGCUAGCACCACUGACGCUGGUUCCAGCCAGGCUCUCUUUCAGGCAUUUACAGACUUUUAUUUAAUGAAUUGAACCUUGCAUUUGAUGAUGCU